UACAGCUGUAGCGCGCCUCCCACAGGCCGGACCUCACACUGACCCAUGCUCCGUUGUAGCUGCAGCGAUAGCCGUAAUAUACACAUAACAAUCAUGGCGGACAAUGAAACCCUGGAGUGUAUAACGGAGCACGAGCGGAUUUUACAGGAAAUUGAGAGCACCGACACAGCUUGUGUCGGUCCUACUCUUCGGUCUAUUUAUGAUGACCAACCCAAUGCCCACAAGCGCUUCAUGGAAAAACUGGAUGCCAGGAUAAGGAACCAUGACCGUGAGAUUGAAAAGAUGUGCAAUUUUCACCACCAAGGGUUUGUGGACGCCAUCACAGAGCUCCUCAAAGUCCGUGCUGAUGCAGAGAAACUGAUGGGUCAAGUGACAGACACUAAUCGAAGAUUACAAGAAGCAGGGAGGGAGGUGACAGCUCAGACAGAGGAGGUGAUUCGCUGUCGGAUCCAGCAGAGGAACAUGGCGACCACUGUGGAGAAGCUCCAGCUCUGUAUACCAGUGCUAGAAAUGUACAGCAAAUUAAAGGAGCAGCUCGAAUCAAAAAGAUAUUAUGCUGCACUAAAAACCAUGGAGCAGCUAGAGAAGGUCUAUAUCCCAAGGGUCAGUCAGUAUAGGUUCUGUCAGAUCAUGGCUGAAAAUUUGCCGAGACUGAGAGAGGAGAUCAAAGAGAUCUCCAUGUCAGAUCUCAAGGAUUUCCUGGAGAGCAUUCGAAAACAUUCGGACAAAGUUGGAGAGACUGCCAUGAGACAGGCACAGCAGCAUAGGACCUUUAACAGUGCAGUAGCCAAGCAGGCCAGUAUGGGCCAGUACAUCAAGCCUGUGUACUCCCUCAAUGGACGAACACAUACUCACACUCCCAAUGGCCUGCUGAUGGAUGGUGACCCUGGAGAUGAUGAAGAAGCUGAUGAAGAGAUUCUUACUGCUCAGGAUCUGGUGGACUUCUCACCUGUCUACAGGUGUCUACACAUUUAUACUGUGUUGGGUGACCGAGAAACAUUUGAGAACUACUACAGGAAACAAAGGAAAAAACAGGCCCGGCUAGUACUGCAGCCUCAGGCUAACAUGCACGAGACAGUGGAAGGCUACAGAAGAUACUUCAAUCAGAUUGUAGGGUUCUUUGUUGUGGAGGACCAUAUCCUCCAUGCCACUCGAGGGCUGGUGACCAGAGCUUUCACUGAUGAACUGUGGAACAUGGCUCUGUCCAAGAUCAUCGCUGUGCUCCGGACACACUCUUCAUACUGUGAUGAUCCAGACUUGGUGCUGGAGCUGAAGAAUCUCAUAGUCAUCUUUGCUGACACACUACAGGGUUAUGGUUUCCCAGUGAACCGUUUGUUCGACCUGCUGUUUGAGGUUAGAGACCAGUACAACGAAACGCUACUGAAGAAAUGGGCCCUGGUGUUCAGAGAGAUCUUUGAACUGGACAACUACAGUCCCAUCCCAGUGGAAACGGAGGAAGAGUAUAAACUGGUAGUCAGCCGCUUUCCCUUCCACGAUGCUGAGAUAGAGAAGCAGGACUUUCCUAAGAAGUUGCCAAUGUCCCAGUCUGUCCCUCAGAUCUACACCCAGGUCAAAGAGUUCAUUUACGCCAGCCUCAAGUUCUCAGAGUCACUACACCGCAGUUCAACAGAGAUUGAUGAUAUGUUACGAAAAUCAACCAACCUACUGCUGACUAGAACUCUGAGCAGCUGUCUGCAAAACCUCAUCAAGAAGCCCCACAUAGGAUUGACUGAGCUGGUGCAGAUCAUCAUUAAUACCACCCACCUGGAGCAGGCCUGCAGGUAUCUGGAGGAGUUUAUAACAAACAUCACCAAUGUCUCCCCGGAAACAGUUCACACCACAAGACUCUAUGGCUUGUCAACCUUCAAGGAUGCACGCCAUGCUGCAGAGGGAGAGAUUUAUACCAAACUGAACCAGAAGAUUGAUGAAUUCAUCCAGCUAGCAGACUAUGAAUGGGGCAUGGCCGAGUCAGACGGCCGCGCCUCAGGAUAUCUCAUGGACCUGAUCAACUUCCUACGUUCUACUUUCCAGGUCUUCACACACCUCCCGAAUAACAACAAUGAUCAUGCAUCGAUGUCGGGAAAAGUGGCCCAGACAGCUUGUAUGUCAGCCUGUAAGCAUCUGUCUACAUCACUGAUGCAGAUGCUGCUGGACACAGAACUCAAACAGAUCAGUAUGGGAGCCAUUCAGCAGUUCAACUUAGAUGUCAUUCAGUGUGAAUUGUUUGCCAGCUCAGAACCAGUCCCUGGGUUCCAAGGAGACACACUUCAGCUGGCCUUUAUCGACCUACGACAGCUACUGGACCUGUUCAUGGUGUGGGACUGGUCGACUUACUUGGCGGAUUAUGGCCAGCCAACAUCCAAGUACCUGAGAGUGAACCCAGCCACUGCCCUGGCUCUGCUGGAGAAAGUCUAUAGGGGGAUGAAGGACACCAGUAAGAAGAACAACAUCUUCUCCCAGUUCCGGAAGAAUGACAGAGACAAACAGAAGCUGAUAGAGACUGUGGUCAAACAACUGAGGAGCCUGGUCAAUGGCAUGUCCUCUUAAAUCUGUACACACACACACACACACACACACACACACACACACACACACACACACACACACAUGAGAUAAAAAGAUUUAAACAUGAAUACAGUCACAUGCAGACAUUGAACUACCAAGACAAAGGACAUUUUAACAUGUCAAAACAACACAAAAUGGCAAUGACAUACAACAAAACUACACAGGGAAUUCUCUCUUUCACACAGAGGCAAAAGGGAUAGACAGACAACUUACAUGCACACACAAGUUACACACACUUCACAUGAAGGCACAGCAAUACACAAACUGUACAAGGCAUGCAGGGAGUUGUCUCUGCAAACACGUAUGAAGACUUGUCCUCUCCUUAGCUGACUGAAUACUCAAUGUACAAACACAUACAGAAACAGUUUACUGAACUCUUCAGUGGAACAAACAGUAAAAUGUUUGUAAAGUAUUUUUAAUGGCUAUGAUAAUACAAACUAUGUUUUGUACAUUUGUGAGAAUGCGGUGGUUGUUAUAGAGGGAGUACGCUACGGCACAGGAAGCGACAGGCGUAACUAUUGGGACAAUGAUGUCAAAGGUCAACACCUCCAGUGAAUGGCAUGAAUCAUUUCCUAGUGCCCUGUCAGACACGUGCAUUAGUAUGAUAACCUUUUUGAACCUAAGCCACGUCCAGGAAGUUUAUCUGCUGAUUAAGUUUUUCAUUAAUGGCAGAUGAUUGUGAUCUUUAAAGAGCAAAUUCCAGGCGAUGGGUCCAUAAUAACCAUCUGAGGUCUUCACUUUAACCAGCUGUGCAUUGAGCUAAGCCUCAUUUUAAAAGCUGAACAUGUACAGUACCAUUGACUGGUACUGUAGUUCCAUACACAAAAUCAGUUUUGCGCAAACUCAGUUCCAAAAAAUGUAAAUAAAAGCAGAAUACAGCCAUUUGCAAAUCCUAUAAAGCCAUAUUUUAUUCACAAUAGAGCAUAGAAAACACAUCAAACGCUUAAACAGAAAAAUGUGUCAUUUUUAAGAAAAAAUAUUUGCUCAUUUUGAAUUUGAUGGCAGCAAUAUUUCUCUAAAUAGUUGGAGCAGAGCCAUGUUUUCCACUGUGAAGCAUCUCCUUAUCUUAAAAACAGUCCAUAAAUGUGUGGGAACUGAGGAGACCAGAGGAUUCCAGCUGCUCAACAGUCCUGGAUCUGGACUAAAUGUUUUCAAUUGUCCAAAGGUCUGGACUGCAGGGAGGGAAGUUCAGCACCUGGACUGUCCAACUACAGAGCCAUGCUGUUGGAAUAGUUACAGUAUGUGGUUUAGCAUUGUCCUGCUGAAAUAUGCAAGGUCUUCACCUGAAAAAGACAUCUGGAUGGGAACACAUGUUGCACUAAAUCCUUUAUGUACAUACCUUUCUGCACUGUUGGCAAACUGCCAAUUCUAUAGGCUCUAAUGCACCCCCACACCAUCAGAGAUGCAGGCUUUUGAACUGAGCACUGAUAACAAGCCAGAUGGUCUCUCUCCUCUUUCAGGAGGAUGCAACAUCCAUGUUUUCCAAAAGGAAUUUCAAAUUUUGAUUUGUCUCACAGUUUUCCCACUUUAAAUGAACUUUGGCCCAGAGAAGAUGGCAGCGUUUCUGGAACAUGCUCACGUAUGGCUUCUUCUUUGCAUGAUGAAUUUUAUGUUGAGGAACAUUAAUCUGAGGUUGUUUCACAAUUUGUAGAUGCAGUUUCUUGCAGAUUGGUGAAGCUCUGCCCAGUCAUGUUACUGGCCUGCUGCCAGGUAACCUCAUUAGUGGUAAAAUGUUCCUCCAGCUGCUUCUUUUUAGUACCACUUAUUUUUCCAACCUUUUGAGACGUUUUGCUGUCAUCAAGUUCAAAAUGAGCUAAUAUUCUUUUCUUGAAAUAGUCAAAUAUCUCAGUUUAAAUGCUUGAUAUGUUUUCUGUGUUCUAUUGUGAACAAAAUGUGCAUUUGAGAGAUUUGCAAAUCAUUGCAUUCUGUUUAUAUAUCCAUUUUAUAAAGUCUCAACUUCUUUGGAAUUGGGCUUAUACAUCAUAUUGUGUAGACAUGAAGCAAAUCUGUAAUUAGAGUCUUUUCUACCUGGAUCCUUGUGUUUCUUCAUUGAACUGUGUUGAUGAAGAUUUUUUUUUUUUCCAAAAAAAUCAAAGAAGUCCAGUCACAUUUUUUGAGAUGAUGAAGAUGAUGGUCAUCUUUUUUGUGUGUCUGUUUGUGUUCGGGCAUUUGGUUAAAUAGUACGAGAACAAAAUUGGCUCAGUAGUUAGCACUGUCACUGCACGGCAAGAAAAGCCUCAGCUGCAGUCUGCACAGGACCUCUCUGUGAGGCGUUUGAAUGUUCUUCCUGUUUCUCUGCUGUCUGAUAUUUUUUUUUUUUUUUUUAAAGAAUGGAAAAAGAGACAUUUGAGGAUCCUUUGCGGCAGUUUUCCCAGCUAAGCACCUCUGACUUACAAACCUCUGCGUGGAAAAGUCCCACAGCUGAGCAGAUCCUGUCAAGAGGUUUCAGUUGGUUGCUAGUUUACAUUCCUCGAAAGUUUUUUACUUGCAGUUUAACUUUAACAUGUAGUGGAAAAUAACUCUGUAUUGACAAUGGGGCCAAAUUUGGAUCGGGAUCCAAAGCAAGUUUGCGUUUAGAUUUCAAAUCCACUUUGAAUUUUCAAACUUUGGCAUGCAAACGUGCACCAGUCACCAAAUGGAAAUGGGCCUUACAUGACUGGUAUGUGAAGGAACACCAUCGCUUCUCAUUUUAUAUAACUUAUACCAGAAUCAGUACUGCUGAGGAUAUGGGCUAUAGUUUAGUCACUAGACAUAAGCGGUACUAUUAACCCUGUUUCUUUGCUUCAACUGCAUCAACUUACAUUUUUUAUAUAUUUAUAAAUUAAAAUAUUACUGUCCAGCCUUUGUGAUGAUGAGCCUUGUCGGUCCCUACAGUUUGCAGCUUCCCAUUCCACUCCUCUCUGCAUAAAACUGCGUCCACGCUGGAAGUCAUUUGCAGCGUUCAGAGGCCACAGAAAGUGAAUGACAUUUACCAAUUUCAAGAAACUACGGGCAGAAUAACCACUGAGCUCACAAAG